AUGGCCCCAUUCAGUUCCGUCUUCCUAGGUGUCUGGGGAGUGUUCGUCAUCGUCCUGAUACAAGAAUCUAGGCCCGUCAGCUGGGACGAAUGGUGGACCUAUGACGGUAUUUCCGGUCCUGGCUUCUGGGGUCUCAUCAAUCCGGAAUGGUGGCUGUGUCACAAGGGCAGGCGACAAUCGCCGGUGAAUUUGGAGCCUUCGAGGCUCCUCUUCGAUCCGAACCUUCAACCUCUGCACCUGGACAAGCACAGAGUUGUCGGUGUCCUAGCAAAUACUGGUCACAGCGUCGUAUUCGCCGUCGACAACAACACGCGUCAUCCUGUGAACAUCUCUGGUGGACCACUCAGCUAUCGAUAUCAAUUCCACGAGAUACAUCUACAUUUUGGAUUGGACGAUCGAACCGGUAGCGAGCACACAGUGGAUGGCCACGCGUUCCCUGCUGAGUUGCAGAUAUUCGGCUUCAACUCGCAGCUGUACAACAAUUUCUCGGACGCGUUGCACCGGGCGCAGGGGAUCGUCGCGGUGUCCCUUCUCCUCCAGGUUGGAGAUCUCUCGAACCCGGAGCUACGAAUAUUCACCGAACAGCUGGAUAAGAUCAAAUAUGGAGGCCAGGCGAUGGAGAUUAAUCGUUUCGUGGUGCGGGAACUGCUGCCGGACACGAAAUAUUACAUGACGUACGAUGGCUCCACAACGAUGCCGGCCUGCCACGAGACUACCACGUGGAUCAUCCUGAACAAGCCCAUAUACAUCACGAAGCAGCAGCUUCUCGCGCUGCGACUAUUGAUGCAAGGGGACAAGGUGAACCCGAACGCGCCGCUUGGGAAUAAUUUCAGACCGCCACAGCCGCUUCAUCAUCGUCCCGUUCGAACGAACAUCGACUUUAACGUUCAGGGACCGAAGAACUGUCCAACGAUGAAUAGGGACAUAUACUACAAAGGUUAUGGCCACGCAGAAUCCGUAGAGGCGAACCUAUUCUCGCCAUGUUUCCUUCAGGGUAGCACACGACAGGCAGAAAUGCCGUAA